AUGCCCAAGGCAGAUAUCAACAAGGCAGGUUGGGAGCAAAGUGAAUUCCCCAUUCUUUGUGAAACAUGUCUGGGACCUAACCCGUUCAUCCGAAUGUCGAAACAAGAGUUUGGUCGCUCGUGUGGUACGUGUGCUCGCCCAUUCACGGUUUUCCGAUGGAAUCCGGGUUCCGGUGCACGAUACAAAACAACGGUGAUAUGUCAGACGUGCGCCAAAGUGAAAAAUGUCUGCCAGACAUGCCUUCUUGACCUUGAGUACGGACUACCGACCCAAGUUCGAGACACCGCCCUCGCCAUUCAGAAUGAAGCACCAACCAGCGACAUCAACCGGGAGUAUUAUGCGCAGAAUAUGGAGAACAAGAUGGAGGAUGGAAAUCAAUCGCUGAUGCAAGUUGGGACGCGGGCUACAUCUGCUGGGAAGGAAAUGCUGAAGCAGCUAGCUCGGACAAACCCAUAUUACAAGCGCAACCGCCCACACAUCUGCUCCUUCUUCGUAAAAGGGGAUUGUAACAGAGGAGACGAGUGCCCGUUCCGACAUGAAAAACCUGCUGAAAAUUCACUUUCCCACCAAAAUAUUCAGGACAGAUAUCAUGGUAACAAUGACCCAGUUGCACGAAAAAUAUUGGCCAAUCAUUCGGAGGCGCAAGGUCUGAAGCCACCAGAAGACGAGAAUAUCACUUCUCUAUUUCUUUCCUCUCUUCCUGCCUCUGCAACGGAACUUAGCAUACGGACUCAUGUCAUUAAUUCAUUACCUCAAAUACCUUCAUCACAGUUGCGGUCGGUCGUCCACGUCGCAAAAUCACGAUGUGCAUUCAUCAACUUCAAAGACCGCCAUUCUGCUGAGAGGGCAGCAGAAGCUUGGGCGAAUGGCCUAGACAUGGAUAACGAACGAGUUCAAGCGAAGUGGGGAAGAAGUAAGGGUUCUUCCAAAUCAGCAACGCCUACCGCAGGACCAUCAGCAGUUCCUGCGCCUGCGUAA